AUGGCGCCCAAGAAGUCGCAGAAGAUGUCCCUUGGGGAUUUCUUGAAUGACGAUGGUCUCGGUGGUGGCUCCUGGGCCGAUGAGGUCGAGGAGACCUACGUGGCCGGUACCCAGCCCCUCCCCUCCAGCGAACGCUCCCGUCCCAUGGGCGGCUCCAGCAGCUGGGCUGAUCGAGGCUACUCUACCCGCGAGCAGCCCACUCCUCAGGUGCUCCCCGACAAGCCCCCUUACACAGCUCAUCUGGGCAACCUCUCGUACGAUGCCACCCAAGAAUCGGUCAACGAAUUUUUCCAGGACUGCGAUGUCGCCAACGUCCGAAUCAUCGAGGAUCGUGAGCUCCAGCGACCCAAGGGCUUUGGAUACGUUGAGUUCAACAACGUGGAGGGUCUGAAGAAGGCUUUGACUUUGGAUGGCGAGAGCUUCCAAGGCCGUAUGAUCAAGAUCAAGAUUGCCGAUCCUCCCCGAGGCGGCGAUAGCGGUCGCGGUGACUUCAUCCGCGACAUGGGCGACUGGACCCGCAAGGGACCUCUUGAGCCCCCCGCCUCUGCGCGCGGUGGACCUGGACCCCGUGGAGCCUCUGACUUUGGCGAGCGCCGUGCUCCCCGCGACCCGGCCGUCGAUGCUAGGCCUCCUCGCGAUCUGAACUGGGGUGAGCGUCGUGGACCUCUGGCUCCCUUGUCGCCUGAGGAGGGUGGCCAGGAAGCCCGCAGCUCCCGCCAACGUCCUGCGCCCGAAGGUAUGGGAGAGCGCAGCGAGUCAUACCGCGGUGGCGAGCGUCGCCAGUCUCCAGCUACCUGGGGCGACGGCCGUGCCGACGGAUCACGCCCCGCACGUCGCGAAUUCACCGAGCGACCAGAGCGCCCUGCCGCCCCCGAGCGCGCCCCAACGGCCGCCGAGAAGGACAACGCCUGGCGCGACCGCAUGCGUCCUGAGCAAGCGCAGAGCCCCCCAGCCGGCAGUGCCCCUGGCUCGCCUGCCCCUGCCAACGCCACACCUGCCGCUCCUGUCGGCCGCCCCCGCUUGAACCUGGCCAAGCGCACCGUAUCUGAGGCUCCCGAUGCUGCCUCCCCAUCUACUACUACCGACACCAAGGCCAACCCCUUUGGUGGCGCCCGUCCCAUCGACACCGCUACCCGCGAGAAGGAGAUUGAGGAGAAGCGUGUCCAGGCCCUGCAAGAGAAGCAAGAGGCCGAGGAGAAGGCCAAGGCGGAGCGCCGCGCUGCCAAGGAGGCUGCCGAUGCAGAGGCUGAGGCCCAGGCCGCCGCCAAGUCCGAGAAGACUGCUGCUGCUGCCCCUGCUGCCCCGACUGCCGAGAAGGCAGAGGGUGACGAUGCUUCGGCGAAGCAAGAGAAUGGCGAGCAGCGGUUGCCUGUGCGCAACCGGGAGCCUCGCGAACCCAGGGAUCCUGCCUCGCAGCCAAGAGGCGGCAAGGCCUUUGAGAACAACAGCUGGCGCUCGUCUGGCGAGCGUGGCGGGCGUGGAGGUCCCCGCGGCGGCGGUCGCGGUGGUGCCUCGCGCGGCGGUCGCAACGAUCGUGGCCCUCGCUCCAACGGCUCCAACAACCAGUCGUCCGUGCCACCCACCCCGACCGAGUCCGAGGCGCCUGCACAGGAAGACGAUGGCUGGACAACCGUCGCCACAGGCAAGAAGGGACGACAGGGCAGGCCUUAG